GCCAUUUGGCUUUAGGGAGUUUGGACAUGGCUCUGGCAUUCCUGGCGCCCGGUCUCCGGUCGGCUGGCCCGGCCGGCCCUGCCGGCCCGCCGGCCCGGAAGCCUCAAGCUGCGGCUCUGGCACCCGCCCAGGGCCACCUGGUCCAUGGCCUCAGCCUGGGGCUCCUCGUGGCGCGGAGUGUGGCCUGCCGCGCCCGGAAGGGAAGGAAGGGCGGCAAGUCCACGCCAAUCCCUUCCUCAGACAGCGCGGCACCCGAUGCCUACGACCAAGAGACGAGAGACAUCAUUUUGUCGCUGGACCAUGUGGACAAGAAGUCGCAAGAUGGCAGCUUUAUCUUGAAGGACGUCAGCCUGGGGAUGUACAUGGGCGCCAAAAUUGGCAUUCUGGGCAAGAACGGUGCCGGAAAGAGCACGGUGAUGCGAAUUUUAGCGGGCAAAGAUGACGCGUUCCAGGGAAAUCUCCACAUGGACCCGGACAUCAAGAUCGGGUAUUUGCCUCAGGAGCCCGUGCUGGAAGAAGAGACGGUGAUCGAGACGCUGCGCCCUGCCUUGGAUCACAUCAGCGCCAUGGUGCGUGAGUUCGAGGAGGUCACUGGCCAAAUGGCCGACCCGGACGCUGACAUGGACCUGCUGGUGGCAAAGAUGGAGCAGCUGCAGUCCAAGAUUGAUGCCGUGAAUGGCUGGGACAUCGACGUGACCCUGGACGCGGCCAUGGAGGCCCUGCGCUGCCCGCCGCGGGACGCCAAGGUGGCCACCCUCAGCGGCGGCGAGCAGCGCCGCGUGGCCAUCUGCCGCCUGCUGCUGUCCAGCCCCGACAUUUUAUUGCUGGAUGAGCCCACAAACCACCUAGACGCUCAAAGCGUGGCCUGGCUGGAGCGGUUCCUGGCUGAAUUCAAGGGCACUGUUGUGGCCAUCACCCACGACCGCUACUUUUUGGACAAUGUGGCUGGUUGGAUUUUGGAGCUGGAUCAAGGCAAGGGCCUGCCGUUCCAGGGGAACUACUCGGGCUGGUUGGAGCACAAGGCCAGCCGCCUGAAGUCCGAGUCGAAGCGCAAGGCCACGCUGGAGUCGCAGAUGGCCAAGGAGCUUGAGUUCAUCAAUGCCAGGCGCAGCGGAAGGCAGAAGAAAGGCAAAGCGCGCCUGCGAAAGUUUGAGGAGUUGGAGAGUGCCGCGAAGAGCUUCAAUCGCAGCUCCGAGCUGGACUCCAUCGUCAUCACUCCUGGGCCUCGACUCGCCGGCCGGCCGAAUUUCUCUAGGCGUCAACCAAACUUUGUUCAUGUUGGCUUUGCAGCAAGACCUCAGUGCAUCUCGGUGCCUCUCGCGAUUUGGAGGGCGCACGCAUUCGGCAACCGGGCCGAGAGCCGACGCGCCGAGGACCCGCGCGAGCCGGUGGUUGAAGCGCGGCGCCUUUCCAAGGGCUUCGGCGAUCGGCUUCUGAUCAGCGACGCCAUGUUCGAGAUCCCUGCAGGGGCUGUGGUGGGAAUUAUUGGCCCCAAUGGCGCUGGCAAGUCCACCCUGUUCAAGAUCAUGGCUGGCUUGGAAACACCAGAUGAUGGGGAACUGAUCGUGGGCAGUACCGUGGCACCAAUGUAUGUGGAGCAAAUGCGGGAUGAGCUGGAUCCGGAUGCCACCGUUUUUGAGGAGCUCACAGGUGGGGUUGAUGUCAUUGACGUGGGCGGCAAAGAAGUGAACAGCAGGGCCUAUUGCUCUUGGUUCAACUUCAGGGGCAAGAUUCAGCAGCGGCCGGUGUCCUCCCUGAGCGGUGGCGAGCGGAACCGCCUGCAGCUGGCCAAGACGCUGCGCCUGGGCGGCAACGUCUUGAUGCUGGACGAGCCCUCUAACGACUUGGACGUGGACACGCUCCGAGCCUUGGAGACGGCCAUCGAGAACUUUGCGGGCACGGUGCUCUGCAUCAGCCACGACCGCUGGUUCCUGGACCGCAUCGCCACCCACAUCAUGGCCUAUGAAGGCGAUUCGGAGGUGAAGUUCUUUGAAGGCAGCUACACCGAGUACGAGGAGGAUUUGUUGGAGCGCACGGGCAGCAGAGACCCAAGGAAGGUCACCUACAAGCCUAUGCCCAGCUUAGCAUAAGGACGAGAUCAGAGG